ACUCACAACCUCAGACAUGGCUCCGUGAAGCGACACAUGGCAGCUAUCAGCCAUGAACCAAAACAACUCACCAAAAACUGACGAUGCUUAAACCUCAGCCUCAUUUCGUUUCUUUCGAAAUUAUUCCAACUCCCGCAAUAUCCACAGCUACCGACCGGUUGUCAGUCACUGUCCGGGGCAGAGGCGCACAGCAACCUCCGCCGGUUUAAUUUCCUCUGAUAUUUCGCGUUUUUACAGAUAACUUUUAAGUUUCCGUCUUGUCUAACAGAAGCUCAACAUGGGCGUUCAAGGUUUCCAAGAGUACAUUGAAAAGCAUUGCCCAAGCGCUGUGGUGCCGGUGGAGCUCCAGAAGCUGGCCCGAGGGAGUAUGGUUGGAGGUGGCCGGCAGAGACCCCCUCAGAGUCCGCUGAGACUGCUGGUGGACGCCGAGAACUGCCUCCACCGGCUCUACGGAGGCUUCUACACCGACUGGGUCAGCGGGGGCCAGUGGAACCACAUGCUGGGCUACCUGGCUGCCCUCUCUAAGGCCUGCUUCAACGGCAACAUUGAGCUCUUGGUUUGCUUCAAUGGCGCCCUGGAGAAAGGCCGUCUUCACGAGUGGGUCAAACGGCAGGUGAACGAGAGGCAGACCGCCCAGCAGAUCAUCAGCCACGUCCAGAACAAGGGCACCCCUCCGCCCAAAGUCUGGUUCCUUCCUCCCGUGUGCAUGGCCCACUGCAUCCGACUGGCGCUCCUCAGGUUCCGCGUCGGAGUUGUCCAGACCAUCGAGGACCACCACCUGGAAGUGAUAGCCUUAUGCCGGGAGAACGGCUUCCACGGCCUGGUGGCCUAUGACUCCGACUACGCUCUGUGCAAUAUCCCAUACUACUUCAGCGCCCACGCCCUCAAACUGAGCCGCAACGGCAAAAGCCUCACCACCAGCCAGUACCUGAUGCACGAAGUGGCACGGCAGCUUGAUCUCAACCCAAAUCGUUUUGUCAUUUUCGCAUCACUUUUAGGAAAUCACAUACUGCCUGAUGAAGACUUGGCUGCCUUUCACUGGAGCUUACUCGGUCCAGAGCAUCCAUUAGCAUCUCUGAAGGUGCGUGCCCACCAGCUUGUGCUCCCACCCUGCGAUGUCGUAAUCAAGGCCGUGGCCGACUACAUCCGCGAUAUCCCGGACAUCACUGACCUGGAGGCCAUCGCCAAGGACAUCUUCAAGCAUUCACAGUCGUGCACCGAUGACAAAGUCAUACGCUUCAAGAAGGCAGUGGAGUACUACUCACUGGCCAGCAAACCCCCUUACUUCCCCCCACAGUUAGUCAGACCAAAACACAUGGGAGUGCCUGCUGCAGUGCCAUCUUCAAAAAUGCUCAACAUUCCACAGGUGCCGCUGCCUGGAAAGCCUGGGGUCCAGCACUCGUACCCAGACCCGCUGGUGGAGCGCAGCCUGGCUCUGGACACGGUGGACAAGGGCCUCCCAGAGCAGAACAGCUUCAGCAACAUUCCUCAUGAAGGGAAGCACACACCGCUGUAUGAGAGGUCCUCUCCCAUCAACCUGGGCCAGGCCGGGAGCCCCAACCACACAGAGGCUGCUUUCUUCAAUGCCUCCUCCACUUCCUCCUCCUCGGAGAAUGAUGAGAGCUCAGGCUCAACUGCCAAUCAUGUUAAUGACCAUAAGGGAGGAUGGGAGAAAAAUGGACAUACUCCUCACUCUGAAAACACAGCGGAUGGAGAGCUGGGAGACCAAACAAAAGUGGACCUCUGCGUGACCUCUGCUGUGAGCCCGGCGUUGCAGGCUGCAGGUCUCCACAGCCUGAAUGCCCAGAUCCCCUCCCUGCUCUCCAUGCCCACCAGGAACCACAUGGACAUAACCAUCCCACCUCUCCCUACGGUGGCCCCCGAGGUCCUGCGGGUGGCCGAGCACAGACACAAGAAGGGCCUUAUGUACCCUUACAUCUACCAUGUUCUCACCAAGGGAGAGAUCAAACUAUCUGUCACCAUUGAAGAUGAAGCUAACAAAGACCUGCCCACAGCAGUGCAGCUGUUUCGGCCGAUCCGUCAGUAUGUUUACGGAGUGCUCUUCAGCCUGGCAGAGGCCAGGAAGAAGGCUGAGAGACUCGCCAUGAGGAAGAACUGCCUCCCCGAAUAUACACAUGUCAUGGUCAAAGAGUGGGCCGCCUACAAAGGCAAGUCUCCCCACACUCCAGAGCUGGUGGAGGCUCUGCCCUUCAGGGAGUGGACCUGUCCCAACCUGAAGAAGCUGUGGCUGGGGAAGGCCGUGGAGGACAAGAACCGCAGGAUGAGGGCCUUCCUGGCCUGCUUGCGCUCCGACACUCCCGCUAUGCUGAACCCUGCCAACAUCCCCACGCCCCUCUUGGUGCUCUGCUGUGUGUUGCGGUUUAUGUUACAUUGGCCAGGAGUAAGAAUUUUGCGUCGUAACGAACUUGACGCUUUCCUAGCCCAAGCACUUUCUCCUAAACUUUAUGAGCCUGACCAGCUGCAGGAACUGAAGAUCGACAACCUGGACCCUCGAGGAGUACAGCUGGCCGCUCUGUUCAUGAGCGGAGUGGACAUGGCUCUGUUUGCCAACGAUGCGUGCGGACAGCCUGUUCCCUGGGAGCACUGCUGUCCGUGGAUGUACUUUGACGGCAAACUGCUUCAGAGUAAACUCAUCAAGGCCAACAGGGAGAAGGCCCAGCUCAUUGACCUCUGUGAUGGUCAGUCUGAACUGGCUGCCAAGGUGGAGAGGAUGCGUCAGAGUGUCCUGGAAGGUCUCAGCUUCACUCGUCCACCUCAUCUUCCUCCGUUCCCCCCACCACCACCACCUCCACCUCCUCCUCACGGGAUGCCUUUCUACCCCCCUGCCAGUUCCUUCUACCCCCCACCCCCCAUGAUGCCUCCUCAGGGGAGAGGGAGGGGGAUGCCUGGACUUCAAGCAAUCUCAUCACAGGGUGGGAAGCUGGAGAUCGCUGGCACUGUGGUGGGUCAGUGGGCUGGAACUCGACGCAGCAGAGGACGAGGAGGCUUCCCUGUGCAGGUGGUGUCUGUUGGUGGACCAAACAGAGGUCGUCUGAGAGGAGUGAUUUCCACACCUGUCAUAAGGGCGUUUGGUCGAGGAGGCAGGUACUACACUCGAGCCUUCCAGAGUCAGGGAGCGCACCUGAGUAAGCCUGUUCAUAAGCCUGCUCAUACAUCUGGACAUGAUGCAGUGAAGGAGAAAAAGAAGCCCAAGCCAGAGGAGCAGAUAACCUCCCCUGCACCGUGCGACGGCUCAGCCACGGAGAACGGUGUGGAGGACAAAGAGCAAGACCAGCUGAAUGGCGAUAAAGAGGAAUGCAGGGCUCUCAUCCAACCUGAAAGUGCCUUUAGCAGUGACUCCAAGACGUGCAAUACUAAUCCUCACUUAAAUGCACUAAAUGUAGACAGCGGCUGCCAUAGAGAUGAAGGUCUGGACGCCGCUGUCUUGAAAAAAGAAGUGUAAGCUUAUUUUUCUAGAGAGGGUGAAGGAUGAAAGGUGGAGCAGGGUUAGGAAUAUUUGAAAAUCUGGAAGGCCUACAGUCAAUGUACAUUUUUCCUCUCAGAGAACAGAGAUGAAAUUCGGAUCCCUCUCAGUAAACACAAAAUCUAUGACACUUUGCUAGUUAAGGGUCCCUGGAGACACUCACACAUCGCCGAGGUUUCUACAUGUUUAGGAGGAGGAUGCUUUUUCCUUUCCGUUAGAAUAUUAAAGCUUUAAGAAGCUUUGAUUUGGGAAUAUUUUAGUUCUUCUAGGUUGAUACUCUUCCAGUACGUUGGCACCGUGUACUCGCCAUAGUACGGUUAUCAGUUUUGUGUUGUCAUGGUAGCUGCUUGAUGAAAACCAAACGUAUAAACAGAAAAAGCAAAAUGCAACAUGUCCACCUUCGGUCAUCCCCUUUCGGUUUGGUUCACGUUUAAGUACCUCUGUACAUUAGUUCAGAAGAGCUCCACGCACUUUCAGUCGUUUAGCUGGAACAUUUCAAGAAACGGCUCUAACUUCAGACGCAAAAGAUCUCGUCCAAGUCUUGAUACUCAGCCUGGUUUCCUCAGACGUAGAGCUGUAGCGUUACAAAACCUUCUGCAUGGUUGGCAGUUUAACAGGUGUGUAGUUAUUAUGCAUGUUGUCCUUUUUCUUCCAUCUUUUACAAGUACUGUGCCCAUCUGCAAAUUAAAGAACAGGCUAAGAUCAGCGAUAGCCCAUAAACGAUGUUAAUUGUUAGUAACAGAUUUGUUCCGACCUUGAAUUUUUUUGUGAUAUUGACCUUUGUUGCAUUUAUUAAAAAAAAAAAAAAAAACAAGGGAGUUAUAUAGCUACUUUAAAAUAGUGUAUUCAUACUAUAUUGUUCUCUGUUGCUGUUUUCUCGCAUUAGUCAAAUAUCUGAAGAAAAAAAAAAAGUCACAUUAAAAGCUUUGAUCAGAAUCACCCCUUUGUAGCUCAAAGCAAACACGCUCUUUCUAAUUAAGACUU